CACUACUCUGUAAAACCGACACCGCAAAAAGACACGGCAGUAGCAAUUGCCGCCGCUCCAGCACAAGCCAGCGCGGAAGAGGGGGCUUCGUCGAAGGAAACAAGCCUAGUGCCGGCUUCCGCUCCGCGCAAGCGGUACGGUGAAGCAAUGGAGCUUCUAAACUGCGCACGCAAGCUGAACAAAGACCCGGUGGUGCAUAUUGAAAUUCUGGAGCUGUGCUGUGUUUGCAAGUUCUUAGC